AUGUUUGUAACACCGAGAGUCGCAAUACAAUGUAAUUUCGUCCGUCACCGCUCACGAAUUCGAACUGAUGCCGAAGAGCGCGCCGUUUGCGGUUAUAUAGCUGGACCGAACGUUCGAGAAGGUUCAAUACGUUUCGUGAAGUGGAUAAUUUCUGCAAUAGAACUGUACAGAGAAGAUUUGAACACUGUGACUUUGGUUGGCAUUGAUGAAACAUUCAAAACUGUACCUAGUCACCCAACCGACUUGAAAUGUCUGCUGACAUUUCAAAUAGUAUUCAAUAGUGUUGCAUUUCCAAUGGUGUAUGUACUUUUAGGGAGUAUGACUGAAGAGACAUACUGUGGUGUACUCAGUAUUAUCAGACAAAUGUUACCUUUAAAUUACGACAGAGUUCGGUUUGUGACCGAUUAUGAAAAAGCACUGAUGAAUGCAGUUGAACACAUUUUUCCAACAAGCAGAUUAGUUUGUUGUUGGUUUCACUUUACCCAGUCUAUCGUGCGAUACUGCCAUAGAAAAUUGAACAAUGUACUAAAUUUAAUCCGAACGCAUGAAGAAGCAGCUAGGAUUCUUAGAAUGGUCUUAGCUCUUCCUCACUUGCCUGCCACAAGAAACAAUCCACUGUGUCCAAAUAUUUGUGUGUUAGAUGGAUACAAUGUCAUAGUACAGUAUGCCAGACAAUUUCCUGAAAUCCAAGUCAUUGAAGAACAUUUUUUGGAUAAUUACAUCCUUGGUUUUUGGAUUAACCAAAUUGGACCAGAAAAAUUUAGUGUCUUUGGAGAAGAUCACCGUACAAACAAUAAUUUAGAAUCGUUCCAUUCAACUUUACUCAAGCAAAUGGGUACCCACCCUAACAUUUGGGAUUUCCUACAAAGGUUGGUUAUAAUUGAAAAUCAAUUUUUUGUAGAAUUUGGACAACGGCAAAGAAAUUUACAAAUCAGAGAUAUGCGCUCAAGAGCACAAAGAGAAAACACAACAAGAAUCAUCAGAGAAAAUGUUCAGCAACUCAAUAGAGAUAAUGACAUUUUGGCAUUCUUGAGGAGAACUGGCCACCUCAAUGAUGGUUAUGUUUUUGGUCAAAUUGGACCAUAUCCUUGA